AUGUCGUCGCCUUGGGAGCGGCCGUUAGAGGCUUUGGAACACACCAUAGGAGGUACACGUACUCUGCUGACUCGUAUGGGCAACCUAUCAUCGACAACCAGCCGCGACAAAUCCAGGAUCAAUGAGUUGGAACCCCAGCUGAAUGAACACUUCCAAGCCGUCAAGAACGUCCUUGAGACGGACCUCUCAGGAACCCUUUCUUUGCCCACACCCACAUCAGAUCCAAACGUGGACCCGACUCGAAGUACAGAUGAUAUCAAAGCGAUCAAACAUCUGCAGGGCUGCCUGAACAACGCCAAGAAGCAGAUCAAGGACCUCAAAAGUAUCUCAACACUGCAUCUCGGCGCAGUCAAGCGACAGAAACAGGAAUAUGAUAGUCUGCUUCGACACUUAACUGGUGUUGAGACGAUCCUUCACUCUAAAUCGCCCGAGGAGAAGAGUUCCGAAUGUAUUGCCGACCUCAACAACAGGCUCGCUGAGAAGGAAGGCAUUAUUACGGCGCUUCAGAGUGGUCAAGACGGGUUCGAAUUUGAGGACGAGGAGAAUCAAGGGACUUCGGGGCAGAGCCAUCAGCAGGUUGCGAUGGAGGCUCUGAAGGAACUGGAUGAUGCAAAGUCGGCGGCGCAGCAGAAAGAUCUUCACAUUAAGCAGCUGGAGCAGGCUCAGCGAGCGACAAGCGACAAGAACGAGAAGCUCAAAGCCGAGGUCCUGAAGAAAGACAGCCACAUUAGGGAGCUUCAGCAGACGCAGCAAGAGGUGAUCGAUGAGAACGAUGAGCUCAAACUGAAGGGCCGGAAAAAGAACGCCCACAUCAAGAAGCUAGAACAAACACAGCAAGCGAUGAGCGAAGAGAUCGGGACGCUCAAAGCCGAAGUCCUGGAGAAAGACACCCACAUCGAACAGAUCCAACAGAACCAGCCAGUGGUAAGCGAUGAGAACGAGAAGCUUAGAGCCGACAGCUCGGAGAAAGAUCUUCGCAUCAAGGAACUCGAACAGAGCCAACAAGCGACGAGCGAAGACAACGCCAAGCUCAGGGCUGACAUCCUCAAGAAAGACCAGCAGCUCGGCAAGGUCAAAGAGCACGGCACCAAGCACACCGGCAGCAACAUCCCUAAGUACGUUGCCACGAUGACGAAGGACUUCGCCGACGUACCAGAAGCCGAAAAGGCCGAACUGGUAGUGCAGCUGGUCGGAGAUGCUGAAGCCGAGGAGGGAGAAGGUCGACUCUUGCAAAGAUGGCUCAAGAAAACGCUGAAGCGUUCUGCUAGCAAGGUCUGCAAAGCUUGCACCAAGCACGAAUUUAAUAGUGACAAGCUGGAGAAUCAGCUGGCCGAGUCAAAGCAGGAGAUCCAAUAUCUAUGGCGCCAAAUGAUCCGGCUGAGGGCAUCAGCUGAUCGCAGUUCCGUCGAACCAGCCAGCAAGCGACCUAGAACGGAAUGA